AUGGCCGACCAAGGCAGAUACAGAUAUCCGUCGGCGGCGCCCCCAGUCGGGCGACGGUCCCCUCCGAUGUACAAUCCUGCACGCCUCUCCAUGCCCAUAACCGGUGCUGGAACAUACCAGUCGCUCUACGGAGGCGAGAUCCCAGUUCUCCCUACAACUCACGAGACACUUCCUCUCCGAUCGCCUGUUUCGUCCACUGCCGACUAUCGUCCAAGCACCGUUCCCAUCGACUCUGGUAGCUAUGCCGUUAGAAAGGAGCCCAUCCCAAGGAGCACGAGCGUAAAGGACCACGGCACCAGAAGCCACCGAUCUGCCACUCUCGACGCAGCCUCUAAGCGCCCCGUUAUCAACCAUGCGCCCCAAUCCCCGGUUCCCAGUAGCAUACGGUCGGGGAGCCCAUCAAGGCCUGUCUACCGGGCCAGUGAUGAGUUCUAUACACAACCUGCUUCCUCCAUAAACCGAUCACGAAGCGUUGCACGCGCCCCGUUUAGCGCCAAUAUGGAUGAUGCCGAGUACCAACGUUUACGGGAACGGACUGACCGGGAAAGAAGGGAACAUGAAAGCCUGUAUAGCCCUAGAGCUGCCGACCUAUAUCGUGCGUCACGUCCAACAGUGCUCUAUUCCAACAGUGGCAUCCCUCGAGGCGGCCCUGGGUUGGACGAAGAAGCGGUUUUCGAAUACACAAAGCCAGGUGAAUUGGCUCGUUAUGAUCUCGAUCAUCCUCGUAGGAGCCGGCGCGAAAGCAUGGAUCACUACUAUCGACCAGCAGUUAGCGUCUCAUCCGAUGUAGGACGUCCAUACGAUACCAUCGACCGGCGGCUUUACGACCACCCACCACCGAGUGCAUUCAGUUAUGACAAACCAGCCCGGGAUGCAAUUUCUGGACUGUAUGACCAUAACAGCGUUCGCAUUCCCGCACCUUCGGAGGUUCUUUCUGAUACGGCGGUGCGUCGACCUCCUACUACGCUUCUUGACUCUCCACUACCGCCAGGGUCUUCGGCAGCAACAGAGCGCACUUCGCGCCGAGCUGCCUCUCGUCCGCGCCCGAUCUCACUCAUUCAGGAAACGCCAAGCCGAUCGGCUCAUCCGGAUGAGUAUUAUCGAGCUCGGGAUGACGGCUACUACAAAGAUGACGAUAUCUCACAACGCGGAUUCGGCAUCCGACCUGCCGCCAAAGACAAUAGAGAGCGACGAAGGUCACCUCGGGAGAAGCAAUAUUAUGAUGAACGUCGAGACCCACGAGAGCCUCGAGAGCCCAGAAGGAGGUCGGACGAGGACCUGGAGGUUGUCCGACAUAGGAAGCACGACGACCGUGACUCGCGAGACUAUCAUAAGCUGCCUCUCGCCCGAGAAUAUCUUCCAGUUGACGACCGCGAGCCCAGGCGCGAAAAGCUUGUCCCCGUUAACGACAUUCCAGCUGCGUCUGCAAUGAAAGUGGCGCCAGCUAUCAAUGGCAGGGACGGGAGAGGUGAUAGGGAUAUUGAGUCUCCGAGACGACGCUAUGAUCAAGACUAUGAGCGCCGUGAUCCUGACCCACAUUCCAGGACCAGUCGCCAUGCUGAGGAUUAUGAGCGUAGGAGGCUUGAUGAUCCUGAGCCCCGCCGACUUCCCCCCAAGGAGGACGAUUAUGAUCGUCGGAGGAGCGAGGUUCCUGAAACAUACUCCCGGGUGAGCCGUAACGAUGACGGCUAUGACCGCAGGAGACCUGAUGACCACGAACCCCGCCCACGGACUGCCCACAGAGACGAGGACUAUGACCGCAGGAGAGAUGAUGAUCUUGAACACCGCAGGAGAGAUGAGGAUCUUGAACCCCGCAAACAAAUCGAAUACAAGGAUCAAGGCCAUGAUCGCAGAAGAGAUGAUGACCUUGAACCCCGCAAGCAAAUUGAGUACAAGGAUCAGGGUCAUGAUCGCAGGAGAGAUGAUGACCUUGAUCAUCAUAAACGAACUGAUUAUCAGGACGAAGACUAUGACCGCAGGAGGAACGAUGCGCCCGAGCCCCACAAGCGAACCGAUCACAGAGACGAAGACUAUGAUCGUAGGAGAGUGGAUGAUCUCGAACCUCAUACACGCACUACCCACAGAGAUGAGGAUCACGAGCGACGGAGAAUCGAUGACUCCGAGCCUCAUCCACGAGACAGCCAUAGAGAUCGAGACUAUGACCUCAGCAAAGUCGAUCCUCGCGACAGCCACAAGCGGGACAGCCGCGAUGAAGAACACUACGAACGCCGAAGGGAGGUCGAUGAUCCCGAGUCUCGCACCCGGCCUAGUCAUGGGGAGGACCGUUACGAUGAUCGAAGGCCGGCUGAUGAUGUUGAGCCUCGCACUCGACCUAGUCGUGAGGAAGACCAUCACGACGACCGAAAGGUUGAUGAUCCUGAGCCGCGCGCCAAAGCAGGUCGCGAUGACUAUCGGAGAAGCCACGAGAGCUUUCAGAUGGUUGAUUUGCCCGGUGGGUUCCCCGACGAAAGGGCGAUUGGCGACGAAACAGAUGUCGAAAGCCGAAGCCGCCAUAGACGCGACGCAGAAGCGCAACUUAAUGGGGAGCCUGCCUCCUCGCCACGACGGGAACACUCCAGAGAACGCGAUGGCAAGGAUGACGAGACGCACCGCCGACCACGUCCCUCCUCUGCUGCUUUUGAUCCUAACGACACUGCCGGGCUAGCGGAACUCAAGGCUGAGUUGGCAGCACAAGAGGCCAAGGAGAGUGCCAGCGAGGGUCAUCAUACACCCAAGGAGCACUCGCCUGAGCGGGAGCACUCGCCUGAGCGGGAGCACUCGCCUGAGCGGGAGCACUCGCCUGAGCGGGAGCACUCGCCGGAGCGGGAGCACUCGCCGGAGCGGAAGCCUGCGCCUGUGGAGCACGAUUCUAAACCGAACACUGAAGCUGAUAACACAGCAUUGGCUGGGAAUGAAGAGGACGAAAGCCGAGGACGUGAGCUGGUACCUCACGGGCAGAAGCAAGUUCGCGUCGUGUCUCCUCCGAGGGAGAAAGAAGAGAAGAAGCCCAUCAAAGGCAUUCUCAAACAGCCCAAGGCACAGUUCCCAGAGCAUCCUGCCCCUGUCCGAGAGGGAGUGUCUCCUCACAAGGAUGACAAGAGCAAGCAAAGCGUACCCCAGGGUGCCAAAUGGACCAAGAUCAGCAGGAAGCUGGUCAACCCCGAGGCUCUUACUCUGGGGAAGGAGCGCUUUGAAGUCCGUGAUGACUUUGUUAUUGUCCUCCGCGUCUUGGAUAAGUCGGAAAUCCAGAAGUAUGCCGAUAUUACUGCUCAGUUGAGAGAGAAACGAAGAAUCGAGUACGAAGAAGAGCAGAAGGCAAAGGGUGGAAGCCAGGCGCUGGUUCGCCACGACAGAAACGGCUCUUAUGAUAAGGAAGAAGAAGAAGGCAAGCGUCGCCGUCAUCACCGAAAGGACAGAGAAGACGAGUAUGACGACGAUAGAAGAGAGUACAGACGCCAUCGCGCGACGGAUGAACAGGAUGUCUUGUAUGACACGAGGCAACCGUCGAGAUCGCACCGCCGAGAGUAA